UUGUCUGUCUUUGUAGUACCACUAGGCAACAGUGAGUGCAUCACUGGAAACGUGGAAGUGCGCAGGAGCUGAGCAGGGAAAUCGAAGAGAAAGAAGGAUCUGAGCAGCACACAAAAAAAGAGAGCAUCUGGUGGAUCUCUGCCGCUGAACCAUGAGAAUCCAUUCGAUAUUUCUCUAAGAGAGGGGAAAGGGUGCCCGAAAAGAGCCUGACAAUCAGCGUCGAUGCGCGCAGCCGAAAAUGACGACAGUGGGACAGUGAUUUUCUUCCUCCAGCUCGUCGUUUUUUACUGCCAUGUGCUUGGAUGCAAUUUAUCUCCUAUGUAUACAGAUCACAAAGGGAGGACUGGAAACCGACUAAUCUCCAACGCAGCCGCAAGUGCGCACAGAGAGGACUCGUCCUGGGAAGCGUUUCCAGUGAAUAAUUACGCAGAAAUAUUUGUGUUCCACAGACCGCUGAAGGAUUUUGAAGUUUCCCAUGAAAACUUACUCUGUGAGUACAGUUUUGAACAGGUCGAUAUAGCCCCAACCUUCACGGGCGAUGAGUAAUCCACGACGCAGCAACUGAUAAACCUAAAACCUGGACUGCGACUGGCGCGUUUGGAUACCUUAUCCUGUGCGUCGCUUCUUCUUUUUAUUUUUCAUAUGGCUUCUAUCUUCGGGCUUUGUCAACUAAUCGUACAUUAUUGAUAUUUCAUGGCUGUAGAGUGUAGCAACAGUAGUGUGUGGCGAAAGAGGACAGUGCAAGACUAACUGGGGGCGAAGACAUCGCACUUUUAACGCCUAACAAGAGACAUUGCGCACGGACACCAACGACUGCAGCAAGUACAAGCCAGACUUUUUUUUAAAUUGUUUUAAAAAAAAACAUUGAAUCCUUUGUUAUUUCUUUCGCUUGCUGUCAUCGUAGUAUGUCUGCACUUCGAAAGAAAUUUGGGGACGAUUAUCAGGUAGUGACCACCUCAUCUAGCGGGUCUGGAUUCAAUCAGCCUCCCCCAGAGAAAAAGAAGAAGCGGCAGCGGUUCGUGGACAAGAACGGGCGAUGUAACGUCCAGCAUGGGAACCUGGGUGGUGAAACCAGCAGAUACCUCUCAGACUUAUUCACAACACUAGUAGAUUUGAAAUGGCGCUGGAAUCUAUUUAUUUUCAUCCUCACCUACACAGUCGCUUGGCUCUUCAUGGCCUCCAUGUGGUGGUUCAUCGCGUACAUCAGAGGAGACCUCAACAAAGCCCACAAUGAUAAGUACACUCCAUGUGUGGCCAACGUCUAUAACUUUCCCUCAGCCUUCCUGUUCUUCAUAGAGACCGAGGCCACGAUAGGAUAUGGCUAUAGAUACAUUACGGACAAAUGCCCCGAGGGGAUCAUUCUCUUUCUGUUCCAGUCGAUCCUCGGAUCGAUCGUCGAUGCAUUUUUGAUCGGCUGCAUGUUCAUUAAGAUGUCUCAGCCCAAGAAACGGGCCGAGACCCUGAUGUUCAGUGAGCAUGCGGCGAUUUCUAUGCGAGAUGGGAAACUCACUCUCAUGUUCAGGGUCGGCAACCUGCGUAACAGCCAUAUGGUCUCUGCACAGAUCCGCUGCAAAUUGCUCAAAUCUCGCCAGACGCCUGAAGGCGAGUUUCUUCCACUGGAUCAGUUAGAGUUGGACGUAGGCUUCAGCACCGGGGCAGACCAGCUCUUUCUCGUCUCACCACUCACGAUCUGCCAUGUGAUUGACACCAAAAGCCCCUUCUACGACCUCUCCCAGAGGUCCAUGCAAACAGAGCAGUUUGAAAUUGUGGUGAUAUUAGAAGGAAUAGUAGAGACCACAGGGAUGACCUGCCAAGCGAGGACGUCAUACACCGAGGACGAGGUUCUGUGGGGACACCGCUUCUUCCCGGUCAUCUCCUUGGAGGAGGGUUUCUUUAAGGUGGACUACUCUCAGUUUCACGCCACAUUCGAGGUGCCCACCCCCCCUUACAGCGUGAAGGAGCAGGAGGAGGCCCUGCUCCUCUCCUCGCCCCUCAUGGCGCCGUCUCUCUGCAACAGCGGGGAGAAGAACAGCUCUCUGGACUGUCUGGAGACCCUGGAGGACAAUGACAGCACCACCAAGCUGCCUACCAAGCUCCAGAAGAUCACAGGGCGGGACGGUCUGCCCAAGAAGCUGCUGAGGAUGAGCUCCACCACCUCAGAGAUGACUUACAGCUUUGGAGACCUGCCCAUGAAGUUGCAGCGAAUCAGCUCCGUUCCUGGUGUCUCUGAUGAUAAGCAGGCUGGUAAGGCGGCCAAGAUCAGCACAGAGCCCAUCAGUAAGUCGGUGGCAGACUUACCCCCCAAGCUGCAGCGGUUGGCAGGGGGAGGAGGGGGCCGGAUGGACGGACACCUGCCGCCUAAACUUAGAAAGAUGAAUUCAGAUCGCUUUACAUAAAGCAGGCAACAUAUUUUAACUUAUGCCAUCUACUUUUAUUUCCCUACCUGAAGUCCUUGUACAAUUCCUAAUUUAUUAAUGGACAAUAUUCUUAUAUUUAAAGAAAUGUAGAAUAUGUGCACAAAUACCUUAUAUAAAGUAGGGUGAUGGAAUUAAGCACAUUUGUUCCUGGAUGUAAGUGUACAUGCUAUGAUGAAAGACCUCUGAUUCUUUUUUCUUUUCUUUUUUUUUUUUUUACUUUUCUUUUUUAGGAUGAUGUACAAUUAGCACAAUCUGGCAUGUAAGAAACAGCGCAUGUAGAACAGAAUCUCAAUAAUUUCUGGCAUGACAUUUAUUGAUAUAUUAUUUUACAAAAAGAAUUUCAUUAGUGAAUUUACAGACAGUGGAAAAAUUGCACAAAGCCAUAUGAUUUACAACAUGGAAAACCGACAUUACAUGGUUCUAAUUUGUGGUGACGAAAGGCACAUACAUUUGUUUUGAGUUGAUUGCUUUUGUUGUUUAAUGUAAAAUCGUGGCAAUGUUACGUUGAUUGCAUGCUCCUCUUAUUGACUUAGCUAUACAAAGGUAAUAGACAAAGAUGUUUAGCCUUAACUAUAUUACCUUGUUUCCAUUUUCAUGUUUGUUCACAACUGUAUUUUUGGUAUUUCAUAUAUAGACUAUUUUACCAUGUGCGAUUUUAUGACUUUAUUAGGUGAUCAAAUACAGAAUAUGUUGCUAGAUGAUGCAUUUUAUACAUUCAGAAAUGCAUCGUUAGCAUCAUAUGUCCUAUCUGAACUGGGCACAAUGCUAUGCGACUUUCACUUGCUUAUUGAAGUAACACUUAAGUUGAAAGAUUCAACGCUUGUACUUGAUAAGCACAAAACAAUCGUUAUAUAAUACCCUGUGAUAUUAGAAAGCAUUUAUGGGCAUUUUGUCUUAAAUUAACUGCUUAGAGCAGUAGUUUAGUACUGUGCAAUCAUUUUGUUUCAUUAUAUAACAAAACACAAUUUGCAGUAGGCCUUUGUGGUCGUAUAAGACACUCCAUUACAAUUUCAACUUAGGUGUUACUGGUUAGAUUUGGUGGGCCUGUAAGAAAACCAUAACCUUUGUUUUAAGGGCCCAUAAUAUCCCUCCUCUGUGAUGAAAGCAAUAAUAUUAUAAUGACUAUAAUCUUUAUAUAGCCACAGGGUCUACCACAGCCCCAUACUCAUUCUGUUUACUGAAUCCAUGCCAUGAAAUCUGGUUUUCUCUAAAUGCAUCUAAGACAUUGUAUGAUACCCAAUUUCUUCAGGAAUAAAGAUCUAACGUAACUGUU